GACAGACGCUCGUCUACGUAUGUGUCUUCGUUUUCUGCCCGGCUGUCUCUGAUCUUCACCCGGCCCCGGGCUCGGACCGUGUCCGCCUGCAGAAUCUGGUCCGCGAGCGCCACGGCUCCUCCGCUCCUCUCUCCUCCUCCGCCUCUGGACUUCUUCACUUUCGGCAUCGCUGUUGUUUGACCAAAGAUCUAGCUACAAUAUUUAAGUUUUUUGUUGCCACCUAAAGUAUAUAAGUAACAAUUACUGUAAACAGUCACUUGCUCAACACGUGCGGACUUCCAUUACCGAGAGAAGUGACGUAAUUUACGUCACGUAACACCGAAACGUAUUUAACCUGCAAAAAUGUAGCGCAGUGUUAGCUGUUUUAGUUGUUCAACUAAAUUGUUUAAUUGUCUACGCUUUGUGAUUAUCCAGCAUCAUGAAUUGUCAUGAAUGGUUGUUUAAAAUCUUAAAAACUCUUAAUAGAUUUAACUCUACCGGAAGACUCACUUUUCACCCGGAAGUAUUCAUCCGGAAGCCCUGAAAACAAUUGUGAAGCAAAACAUCAAUGGGGGUCACUUGUGUGUGCCAGGUGCCUGUGACGGAGGGGAAGAGUGUGCAGCAGACAGUGGAUAUCCUGCACAAGAAACUGGAGCAGCUGGGUGCUGUGAAGCAGGGCAGCUUCUGUGUAGACUGUGAGACUUACCAUGCAACAGGAAAUGUCAGCGGUCAGCCCUCCAAGCUCUUAUACGUGAUGCACAACUCUGAGACUCCCCUGAGCUGCCUGGCUCUGUUUGAAGGCGGACCCUGCCUGGUAGCCGACGCAAACUUUGACGUUCUCAUGGUGAAGCUAAAAAGUCACUUCCAAAAUGCCAAGGCGCACAAGGUGGAGUGUCGUGGCUCUAGAUACCGCUACUGUGACUUCUUGAUCAAAGUUGGUACUGUGACAAUGAGCUCCAGUGCCAGAGGGAUAUCAGUAGAGGUGGAGUACUGUCCUUGCGUGGUUCCAGGGGACUGCUGGAAUCUCACUAAAGAGUUCAUGCAGUCCUUUCUCGGCUCCAACGUCCCCGAACUGCCGUCUGUGUUUGCUGCCAAGCCUGAAGGACUCUUCGCACCGGCAGACUGUGUUGACACCAUGACUCAGUACCUGGAGUUGUUCAACAAACUUCGUAAACUGCAAAUCCCAGGAAGUAACGUGCGUUGAGUGUCAGUGGCAAUGGAGAGAUCUAUUUUUUUACGUUUGUGUCGAAGUUGCUUUAAUUCUGGUCCUGUGGAUCAGCAUGGUAUGCAGGCAGUUUUGAAACCUUGAGCUUUUUGUAUUUCCACUUCAAGAGCCUCAACAUUGCAUUAUUAAACCUUCCUAUUUGAUGAAAGCAUCUUGUAUUAAAAAAGACCUAGCGGGGAACAAUAGCUAUAAA